AUGGCUCUCUUCUCUUCAAAAAACCCAUCAUUUCUAAUCUUCUUCGUUAUCUUGUUUUCCUUCCUUCUCCCAUCUUCUGUCUUUGCAACUACCCAAAAAUGCAUUCAAGAACACUUCUCUGCCUUACUCCACUUGAAGAAUGGCUUUCACUUCUCUUCUUACAGCCUCUCUACUCUCCCCUCCUGGAAUUCAAACAACACCGAUUGCUGCUCCUGGGAAGGCAUCACGUGUGAUGGAGCCACUGGUCACGUCAUCACACUCGACCUCAGUAGCCUGCGUAUCUCUGGUCGGAUUGAUUCUGAAAGCCUCUUUCGUCUUCGGAGCCUGCAGAGGCUCAACCUUGCUUACAAUGAGUUUGCUGCCUCUCCAAUCCCAUCUGGGUUUGACCAGCUCACCAGUUUGACCCAUCUCAACCUCUCUCGGUUGCCUUUUUAUGGCCAAAUUCCGCUGGAAAUCUCCCGCUUGACCAGUUUGGUUUCUCUUGAUCUUUCUUACACUUACUAUAGCAAUGAUUCUGGUAUUCUACCCUUGAAACUUGAAAACCCAAACAUUGGAAUACUCGUCCAAAACCUGUCGAAUCUGAGUGAACUGUAUCUCGUCUAUGUAAAUAUCUCAGCGCAGGGAAGUGAGUGGGGCCCAGCCUUAUUCUUGUCACGCCCUCGUCUCCGCAAGUUAAGCUUACGAGAAUGUGGUCUUUCAGACUCCAUCUAUUCUUCUCUUUCUCAGCUCCAUUUCUUAUCUGAACUUGACCUCGGUCAUAACAAUCUCUCUUCCGUGCUGCCCAACUUCAUAGGGAACUUCUCUUCUUUAACGGUACUGUGCCUUCAAAAUUGCAGCCUGUCUGGAUCCUUACCAUCCUUCCUUGUGAACCUCAGCAAACUAGAGCACCUGGAUCUUUCAUUCAAUAGUUUCAGCGGCCCAAUUCCUUCUUCCCAUGUAAACCAGCUUCUUAAUCUCAAAAAGAUCAUCUUGUGGAAUAAUUUGCUUAAUGGGACCAUUCCAUCAUCAUUGUUUUCACUCCCAUCAUUACAGCACCUGGAUCUUGAAGGUAACAAGCUGGGUGGUCGGCUUGACAUUAUCCACAAUGCCUCUUCUACACAGUUGGAGAUCAUUUAUUUGAAUCGCAACAACUUUCAAGGAAUGGUGCCAAGCUUUAUCUUUAAACUUAUUAAGCUUAGAAUCAUUUACCUUUCUUUCAACAAUUUUAGUGGUGUUGUGGAGUUAGAAUCAUUUCAAAACCUCGUGAACCUCUCAUCUCUUCAUCUUUCAGAUAACAACCUGUCGAUCAAAGACAGUGGAGGUAAUUCCAACUUUAUCUCCUUCCCCCAAAUCAGAUCGCUAUCCUUGCGUUCUUGCAACAUCAUCAAAUUUCCAAAUUUGUUACGAAAUCAAGAGCAGAUGAGAUAUCUAGAUCUUUCCAACAAUAGAAUCACUGGUGGAAUACCCAAAUGGAUAUGGAAGGUUGGGAAUGGGACUUUAUACUAUUUAAAUCUUUCUCGCAAUGCUCUGCAGAGAAUAGAACCGCCAUUCCUCCAUGUUUCGUUCAGUGACCAGAUUGCUCUCGACCUUAGCUUCAACAAACUAGAAGGCUCACUUCCGAUCCCACCACCCUCCACUUCUUUCUUCUCUCUUUCAAACAAUAGUUUUAGUGGUGAAAUCCCUGUGUCAAUUUGCAACACAACAUCCCUUGAAGCCCUCGAUCUAUCCAGAAACCAGUUCAGUGGUUGGAUUCCACAAUGUCUAGGUGAAGUCAGUGAUGGGCUCAAGGUGCUAAAUCUCCAAGGGAAUGCAUUUAGCGGUACCUUGCGUCAAACAUUCAAAAAGGGAUGUAAUUUGCAAACCGUUGAUUUCAGCGAAAAUCAAUUAGAAGGCCAAGUGCCAAGGUCUUUGGCUAAUUGUACAAUGUUGGAGGUAUUAAAUCUCGGAAACAAUCAAAUAAGUGACGCCUUUCCUUCAUGGGUGGAAGCUUUGUCCCAGUUGCGGGUUCUUGUCUUGAAAUCCAACAAAUUUUAUGGCCGAAUCACACUUCCACAAUCAAAUCAGAGCUUCUCAAUGUUGCAAAUCAUUGACCUCUCUUCUAAUAGCUUUACGGGUGUUUUGCCAUCAAAUAUUUUUCUGAGUUGGAAGGCAAUGAUAGAGGAGGACAAAUCUCAAUCUAAGUUCCUUGGUAGAAGCCUAUAUUCACGGGGGAGUACAGUAUACUAUCAAGAUACAGUGACAGUAAUGAUGAAAGGACAAGAAAGGAAACUGACGAAGAUCCUAACCAUCUUCACGACAAUUGAUCUCUCAAACAACUGUUUUCAGGGUGAUAUUCCAGAAUCUAUAGGGAUUCUUAAGUGGCUCCGUCUGCUCAAUUUAUCAGGCAAUGGUUUCAGAGGCCAAAUUCCAACAUCACUUGAGAACCUAAGGGUGCUUGAGUCGUUGGAUCUCUCACGGAACAAUAUCUCAGGGGAGAUUCCUUGGCAGCUGACAAGGUUAACGUUCCUCUCCACGUUGAACCUUUCACAGAACCAGCUCGUGGGAAGCAUACCACAAAUUAAACAGUUUUCCACAUUCACAAAUAAAUCCUUCGAAGGAAAUUUGGGAUUAUGUGGACCUCCGCUAUCAAGAAAAUGCAUUUCAACACCAUCAGUAAUGCUGACCUUUGAAGAAACAGAUUCAGAACUGGAUUGGAAAUUCAUGUGGAUCGGAUUUGGAGUCGGAUAUGGAGUAGGAAUGGGAGUUCUUUGCUGGACCCUGACAUUAUGGGCAACAGGGAGGAAAGAAUACAAUAAAUUUAUAGAUAGGAUGUUUCUGUUGAUUUUUCCUCCACAAUAUUUUCUUUAA